UAGUAAAGAUAAUUCGAACUAUUAUUUUAACCAUCCAACUCAUUUUCUUUCUCAUCGUAGCUGUAUUUUUAAGCUUUUAGAGUUUAAAGGUAUUUUUUUGCUAUUGCAAUGAAUUCCGAAUGUAAUUUCCUUAUGCCUAGAGAAUCUGGAAAAUUCAUAGCAGAAUCAGCAACACACGUUAUUCUUAAAAAUGCUGAAAUUAAAAAAUUUGCAGGCAUAAUAUUAGAAAAUUUUAAAUGUCAAGAAUCAAGUGUUAAUUCCUGUGAACACAGUAAUUUCCUUGAUAAAAACGAUCCGAAAGUAGCUGAUUUAAUAUUGUUUAUAGACACGUUAAAUUUUUGUUUCUGGAAUGAUGCAAAUAAUUUAAAAUGGAAAGUUAAUGGAGAAACAGGAUAUUUUGCUCUAUGUGCUGCAAUAAAAAGAGCUCUCAAGGCAGGAAUUCCAAUCACCGAUGCUAUAUUUCUUUCAAAAAUUACACACGAUGAGCUUCAAAAAAUUUUGCAAGGUGAUCAAGAUAGUGGUGAAAUUCCUCUUUUACACGAGCGAGUACAAAAUCUAAACGAAGUCGGUCAAGUUCUUAUUAAAAAAUAUAAUGGAACAUUUGUCGAAUGUAUAAAGUCUUGUAAUAACUCAGCUGAAAAAUUACUGAAGCUUAUUGUUCAUAAUUUUAAAUGUUUUCGCGAUGAAGCAAAUUAUAAAAAUUAUCAAGUCUCUUUUUAUAAAAGAGCUCAGAUUUUAGUUGCAGACAUAUGGUCAUGUUGUCAAGGAGAAGGCCUUGGUGCAUUCAACGAUAUUGACUAUAUCACAAUGUUUCCAGAUUACAGAGUUCCACAAGUGCUUAUUUAUUUUGGUGUAAUGCAAUAUAAUAAUGAGCUACUAAAUAAAUUACAAUCUGGUGUGACUUUAGAACAGAGAUCCGUUGAAGAAAUAGAAAUCCGGGGUUGCUCAAUUGCAGCAGUUGAACGAAUCAUAGACGAAAUUAAAAUUUUAAAACGUGAAAAUCCAACAUUAUAUUUAGAUAAAUUACAAUAUAACUCAAUAUAUAUUGAUUACUUUCUUUGGGAAUAUAGGAGAAAGCAUGCAGAGAAAUUAAAAGAUAUACCUUAUCAUAAAGUUAGGACAAUAUUUUAUUAAAUACUUUAAUUCACGUA